AUGGGUCUUUCGCUACUUUCUUUCGUGGCCCUGGCCGGCUACACUGUGGCUCUUCCCGGACAUAUCAAUGAUCGACUGGCAGAAGCAGAGGUCAUCACUUCAACCAUCACCAACUACGCUCAUCCCCUGAGCCUGUCCGCCUUGGAGACGCUUGAUGCAACAGCGACGCCCCUCAGUUAUGCCUCAUCUCCGACACCCAUAUCGGUUCCCACGGCCGGCGCAACGGCGGCCGAGUUCGUUGCGCCAGCCGAGUUCAUGGUGGAGGAAGCUAGCUGCACUUCUUCAACCGGCACCGAAGCUGCCCCUAAGUCUACAUCUACUUCUGCCUCUGUCUCGGUCUGCAUCUCGAUCGGAGGCGACUACCCGACCACGACAGUGCCGGCCUACUGCAACCCCUCGCACUUCAGCAACGCGCCGGCGCUCAUGACGCCCACCGGCACCGACGACGCCAGCAUCCCCACGGCCACGGCAAACCUCACCAUCAGCAACGUCCACGACAAGAUGGAGUGCUGCGCGCAGUGCACGCGCAUCUUCAACUGCUUCGCGUGGCACUUCGUCCCCGUGUACACGCAGGCGUCGACCGACAAGCUGCCCGGCGGCUUCGACCCCUGGGGCUACGGCAACUGCGAGCUGAAGUACCACACGGGAGGCGUCGACGACGCCAGCGGGAAGGUGUGCACGGACGGCGCCGCGUCGUACUGCCCGAAUGGACGGCUGGAGGGCAUGCUGAACGGGACCAGCAACGUGGCGGGUCCGGACGGCGAGACGGAGCGCUGGAGUAAUCUGUACUACAACGGCUGGAACGACGGCGCGUGCAGUGCGGCGAAGGAUAUAUUUGUGGACGCCACGGAUCCGGGAAUCGGAGAUGAGGAUAGCCUCUGUGAUGGGACGUCAUGA